AUGCCUGCCCGGUCCUCUGACCAAUCCUUCUCCGUCUGGGUGCCGGAAUUCCAAUCAGACCCCACAACGUCCUCCGAAGUCGGCAUCUACAUCCGAGACUCCCCCCUCGCGGCGGCAGUAUUCAACUUGGACCCUGCCAGUCAGAAGCCCUUCAUGUCCCAGGGCCCCUUGGCGCGCAACCUGUCUACCAACCCCAACCUGUCGCCCCCUGCGUCCCCCCGCCACGACUCCCCCCGUUCACAUGACGUCACCCUGCACGCGAGACGGCCCACCUGGAGCCCUCCCCCUACCCAGGGCAGCAUGUCCCCGGCCCGCGGGACCCCGCCCCUGUCCCCCAGGAUCGUGAGGGUCAGCAGGCAGCGCUGUCCCUCCUGGCCCCGGCUCUCGUCCCCCGACGUGAUGCAGCAGCUCGGCGACUCCGCGCCGGAGCCCGACACGCUCGCCAGCCAGAGCGGGGUGCAGGCGAUGGGUGAUCGACGGUCGUUGGAGGGCGCAGGACUGAAGCAAGGAUUCUCCCUGGAGCAGCGUGACCAGCUGCAGACCAGCUUCCUCCCGCCCGGGGUCCCCCUGGCCGAGGUGGACGUGGAGACCACCCCGACCCCUCAUCCAAGCGAGGCAGCCUUCCUCCUGGAGGAGCGACGGGGCGAGGAAUGCAGCCAGCUCCAGGCCCCUGCGUCGCCGCCGUCGCCUCCAUCCAUGCCUGCCAGCCAGGAGGACAUCGGCACGGCUCCGCUGUCGAAUAAGGAGCCUGGCCUACAGACGCGGCGCCAAGGCGCAGGCACAUCCUUUGCAGCAAGGCUCAGGUCCACGGGGCUCAUGGUCGCGGCGGUGCUGGCCUCCAUCCUGGCGUUCCGCGCCUUCCACCCGUCCCGGCUGGACGUGGACUCCCUGCUGCAGGAGCGGCUGGAUGCCCUGUCCCAGGUGGAGCACAUGGGGGGCAGCCUGGAGGAGGCCCUCGCCGGGAACGGCGCCGCACUGCGCCUGCUGGUGGAGGAAGUGGACAGGCUGCUGAAGGGAGGGGGCGCCGAUGUCUUCCCCGCCCUCGCGUCGGCAUGGUACUUUCUGUACAACAUAGGCGCGGUGUGCAUGGUGCCGUACCUCAUCCUGCUCUACAGCGGGCGCGGCUUCGGCGCCAUGCAGAUCGGCGUCCUGUGCGCGCUCCGCCCCUGGGUCUCCGCGCCCGCCGGCAACCUGGUGGUGGCCGCCGCCGACGCCUGGGGCCUGCACCGCGCGGCGCUGGUGGGCACCUUCCUCGCGGCGCUCGCGGGCCGCGUGCUGCUGUCGCACAGCACUGGGUUUGCCGCCAACCUCGUGUACACCGUCGUCAGCGAGGCGGCGGCGGCCCCCAUGAGCGUCCUGGUGGAGGCGGCGGUCGUGGCCGCCACCGUGGAUGUGAGGCUGUGA